CUUGUUUUAUACGUAAGCGGGAGUUGAAAGCGUUUGGCGGGUAGAGGCAGUCUGGAGAAGAAGGCUUGGAAGAAAACAAAAAAAAGUUAAGACUAUAUCCAGUAAUUAGAAGACCACAGUCUGUGAUGUGUUACCUUUUUCUGACGAAGUUUUGUGGACUGAGGGAGGAAAUCAAAGAUGAUUCCCCGCUGUUUUGAUUAAACGGUUAGCGUGGUUUAGUUUAACUAGUUCGUUAAAAUGUGGUAUUAGGGUGUACAAGCAAGUCAGCGGCUUUAUAUACAGCGCUGACCUAAUCUAUAUAUAUAAGAUUUUGGAAGCGAGGGAAGAUGUCUAGCCCUCGUAAAAACGAUGCCAAGUAUCUGUGGUGGUCCCUCCUUGCUCUGGGUUUUCAACCCGAAACCGCUGUAGCUGCUACCGGCAGGACGCUUCGCCACAUCAGUCUCGGAGAGCAUAUGUUUGACAAGCCCAAUAAAGAUGCCUUUUACAUCGUCACCUACUACCUAUUUGAAAAGCUUAACCCUGUGCACACCAACAAAGUAUUCAGGUCUUGUUGGCCAGUUUUGGAUCGAAAAACUGAUGCUGAGUUUCGGAAAAUAACUUAUGAUUGGCUUCGCGAUAUCUCUGUGGAAUGUGGAAAUGCCUUUCCAAAAGUGGUGGCUUCCUUGUUCCUUUCUCCUGGGGGCUUCAAGUUCAUUAACUUGAUGCUGCACUUUACCAAACAUGUCAUGCUGCAGGAUAUGAAGAAGUUUUCCAGAGAUAAUUCAUGGGUCCCAGAAGGCGCGGUAUCAAAGGCUCAGUCAGUGGAGACGGCAAGAAAAAGGUUUCAACUGGCGAAGAACAGAUUUCAGCGUGCACUUGUAGGCCAAGACCGUACAAUCCAGGAGUACUACAGCAGAGCACAGUCAUUGGUGAAAUCAAUAAGGGAGCUAAGAGCAGAAAAUGCGAAAUAUGAUGACUUGCUGAAACAAAACAAAGAGGAACAUGAGAGCAUUCUUCAGACUGAGAAGAUUAAAAAGGUUCAGUCUCUAUGGGCAGAUCUCAACAAGGUUCUCUCUGUCCUGGAAGAGGAACGGAAAGUGGUGGAGUGUGUGGUUAAGGGAAAUGUUGACCAGUACACCUUAGAUGGGGCUGAAGUUUCCUUGAAAAUACCAAGACUUUUGCUGGAACAGGUUGAAGACUCUGUGAACGCAUCGCGUGUUGGGAAUGUGUAUGAGGCAGGACAGAUAAAUGUCUUAAGGCUCCUGGAGCUCUUGAAUGUGGCUCUAAAGCUCCUUCGAGAGGAGUUCCGCCUGGCAGGUAAUUCCACAGUGGACCUAGAUGUGCAGGCAGUGGAGGGGAAGGUCACACUUCAGAAGAGGACCCUAGAAACUCUGAAAAGUAUGAGAAAAAAAAUAUCCAAGGAGGACUUACCUGAAUUAAAAAAAAAUAUUCGGGAAAUAGAAACGGAUUGGGAAAAAAAAUGGGAAGACUACCUGAAGCAGAAACCAUUAAUGCUGCUAGUCAGUGAGGAUCCAGCACUUGAUUUGCUUUCUCCCAUGGAGCCCUUGUCGUUUGAGCCGGCUUCUGAGUCCAUCUGCAAAUCCAGCGUCUUCUCUCAGUAUCCAGCAAAGCUUUCAGAGGUGUCCUGGGAGUGUUCCCCAGCCAGAACGCGGACAUCCUUGGAAACUCCGGAGAGAAAAGGACUAGAAUUCAAAAGAAUAACACUGCCUUCUGAUGACCGGGGUGACCUGAGGGAAAUCACAACGGACAGAUACGAGGCAGACACCUGUUUUGCGGAAGCUGUCGCCACAAGCCCUGCAAGCUGUGAACGGAGGGGUCUGGAGCUGGAGGAGAUUCUGAGUGCCUUAUCCAAUCCUUUCUCCACACGGAAACAGUUGCCACGUACACCAGACAGUUUGAUUUCAGAUGUAAAAUCCUCAUGGAGACGUGCAGUUGAGGAAGGAGAGGCAGAAAAGGCAAGAUUAUCUGAAAAAUUUGCAGAAGUAGAUGUAAAGCCUGUUCUCGCGUUGCCUGUUGACGAGGAGCCUGCUCCAAGACCUGAAGAGCCUUUCCAAAACAGUUACCCAGUGCAGGUCAACGGGGGUCCAUCAGAAAACGCUGGGGCUGAGCACUUAAGUGGCCUUUUGAUGAUGGAAGAGAAAGAUUCGCUCCACUCCACCAUCUCCUGGAAGUCCAUGCAACCGACAGAUGGCCAGGACAGCAGUGACAUUAUUCAGUUUGGGAUUGCUCAUGAGACCAUGCCCGAGAUCCUUGACAUUGAAAGUUUCCAGAGCUCUAUUGAUUUUGAGUCUGAAGACCAGACUUUCGAUUCCAGCAAUAUUGAGGACGAUGAAGCUGAGGAACUUGUCCUUCCUGGUCUUGUGUCGGAUAUUCAGGAGCCCCUGGUGGACCUACACGAUAUACGCAGCCGCUUUGAAAAAAUCAGACAGGCAUGCAAAGAGGCGUCAUUCACAGGCUCGGAGAAGGGUGAAGGGGAGCCGGUGUCCUCGUGGUCCACUGGGGGGGACUCCAACCCUGGGGACAAAGAGACUGACAGGGUUUUCUCUCUGGAUUUGGACUCCCUGGAAAGUCCAACACCCAGGAGCAAAGACAAGCAGUGGAGCCUUCCCAAGCUCAUCACUUUCUCCCCCCUGGAUGAACUUUAAAAGUACCCUGAGAGGGAGAAUUGCUUAGUUCUUGAGUCAAAACUCUACAUUCAGUUUGUAGAAAAGGCUUUGCUAAUAAAAUAUUUCUGUGUUGGAGGAAAAACGAAGAGCAGCUUUUAAAGUAAACUGAUGCAUUGCAGUCCCUUCCUUUUCCAGAUGACAUCAUUUAAUGAUGCACCUUUUUCACUCAUCACUUUUAUGCAAGUCUUACAGAAUUAACAAUCAAUAUUUUGAAACAUCUUAUUUCUGGUGAAGGAGCUUGUCUUCUGUUUUUAAAGCACAAUAUGUGCUGCAAGAAAACAUGCAUACAGCUCUCAGUCUUAAAUAUGUAUUUGGUGUUCACCCUUUCAUAUGUGACUGAAGUUAUAUGAACUGUUCAUCUGUCUGUAAAAUGUAGUAAGGACUUGUGUAUAAUGUUUUUUAAAUGUAAAUGUUCUUUGAAGUGAAUUUAACUACUCUUCUAAAUUUAUGACCAGGGCUCACAAUAGGCAGUCUGAUUCCCACAUGCUUUUCAAUGUUCACUUUUUAAUGUAUGUAUGUAGUAAAUGUUUACAGUGUUUUUAUGUUCUAUAACGAUCAUACAUUUCCAAUCAUGUGGUCCAUGUAAAAGAGCUGUAGUUCUGUUUACAACAGUCACUCCAUGCUGUUUAUCUCCACAUGUACAGCAUGCUAUACACAAACUCAAUUUUGGUAGUGUAUCCGAUGGUAUUUAGUACUGUGGAAAAGAACGUGGUGUUGAAACAGCCCACUGUGAAAGGGCAAAGGCAGUACAUCCCUUGAUUAAUAAAAAGUGAUUCACCCAUUGAUUAUCAGA